UUGAAAAGGUGCAACGCAGGGCAACUAAGAUGGUAUAUGGAUUACGUAAUAAGCCAUAUGACCAAAGGCUUGCCAAUCUUGGUUUGACAACCUUGGAGAGAAGAAGACAGCGUGGUGACCUCAUUGAAACAUUUAAGAUCAUACAUGAUUAUUACGACUUACCUGAACUAAAGGACCUGUUUGUUAUGAGCAAGAAUCAUCGUCUAAGAGGCCACAGCUUAAAGAUUAUCCGAGUUCCCAGUACAAGCAAUCCUAGGAAGCACUUUCUAUCAAACCGCGUCGUACGCGAGUGGAAUAAAUUACCAGAAACAGUGAUAUGUGCUCCUUCAGUGAACAGUUUUAAAAACAGACUUGACAAACACUUAAAACAACUAACAAAAUGAACAUUAAUCGUUAAAAAAAAACAAGUGCAGUGAUAUACACGCAUCAGCUCUCAGCUGCUAGUGUAUUAAACAAUAUAAUAAUAUAAUUUUUUGACUUCAGUUAAAUCUUUUGUGUUCCUGGUGGGGCUCCCAGUAUAUUCGGGACGAUCAAUCCAAAUGGGUCAGUGUGGAGACUCAUUUGGAUUUAUCACCCUGUAUAUCACAGUAGAUAUAUCAUAGACCUUCCUGAUUCAUUGUUUUGGUCAAAACAAGUCAUCUUGUACAUGUAGUUGACCCCCCCCCUACAUACAAACAGUGUAUGCAAGGGGGGGUCAUUUAUCUCUGCAUCUAACUGUACAUCAACAUUCUUGUUUUGCUGAUUGUUAAUGCAUUGCAGGUGUUAUCAGGACCAGUUACCACAGCUAUAGGCACAACAUGUCACUAGAGACAGCACAUAUCAAGGAGGCAGAGGCUGUGUGUGUGAAGACAGGACCCGGAGAGGUGUGUGUGAAGACAGAGCCCGGAGAGGUGUGUGUGAAGACGGAGCCCGGAGAGGUGUGUGUGAAGACGGAGCCCGGAGAGGUGUGUGUGAAGACGGAGCCUGGAGAGGUGUGUGUGAAGACGGAGCCUGAAGAGCCAUGUGUGAAGGAAGAGCAGGAGUGUGAAGACAGCGUGCUGAGAGGAGUCAGCGCGUUGCAUACCGACCACGAGGUCAAGUACGAGCUGGUGCUGGGCCCCGAGGAGUGGCACCGCCCUAAAGCAUCUCAAGAUGACAUGCUCCGGUUAAACAUGGCGGCCGGAGACGGGGCGAGCGACGAGGGUGAGCCGAUGUUGUUUAAAGAUCUCCUAAUCAAGCCAGAAUGGAACGAAGAUGAGACAAGUGAUGAGAUGUCGCUGGAGGUGCACCUGGUGGACGCGGCGAGUGACGAGGACUGCGUGUCGGUGGAGGUGCACCUGGUGGACGCGGCGAGUGACGAGGACUGCGUGUCGGGUGAGUACUGCGACACCACGAUACUACGGCACAGGCCUCCUCACGUGCGCGAGAGAGCUUGGGCUAUAGUCACCACGUUGGCCCACUGCGGAUUGGAGACUUCAUAUAAGUACACCUAUGAAUUUCUUCGCUGA